AGAUUCUCUUGUGACGCUCCACCCACCCACCCCUCUUGGGUAACUCUUGGGUCGAUAGCUGCGCCUGUGGUCGCUGUUUGCGCUGCGACGCGUUGUUUUGUCUUCAGCUUGUGACAGUCAGUGGAAGGACAGCGCCAAGCAAGAUGAACCGUCUCUUCGGACGCGGCAAGCCCAAGGAACCGCCGCCCAACCUGACCGACUGCAUCGCGAGCGUCGACGGGCGCGCCGAGUCGGUCGACAAGAAGAUCGCCAAGCUCGAUACCGAGCUGAAGAAGUACAAGGACCAAAUGGCCAAGAUGCGCGAAGGCCCGUCCAAGAACAUGGUCAAGCAGAAAGCGCUGCGUGUCCUCAAGCAGCGCAAGAUGUACGAGCAGCAGCGCGACAACCUGAUGCAGCAGUCGUUCAACAUGGAGCAGGCCAACUUCGCCACGCAGACCCUGAAAGACACCAAGAUCACGAUGGACGCGAUGCGGCUCGGAGUGCGCGAGAUGAAGCGCGAGUACAAGAAGGUGAACCUCGACGACAUCGACGACCUGCAGGACGAGCUCGAGGACAUGCUGGACCAGGCCGGCGAGGUCCAGGAGGCCCUGGGCCGCAGCUACGGCAUGCCCGAAGUCGACGACGAGGACCUCGAGGCCGAGCUAAACGCGUUGGGGGACGAGAUCGCGCUCGACGAGGACACGUCGUACCUGGACGAAGCGGUUGCACCGAGGAUUCCCACCAAGGAACCCGGAGCCGAGAGUGUGCCGGCCAACCCGGAAGGCGUGCUCGUCGACGAGUUCGGGCUGCCCAAGAUCUCCGCGACUUGAGCGUACGGCGCAGGUUCUCCCAAGUGAGAGGCUUGCGUGCGACGGCGUCACGUCGUUCCAGAACUGACACAAAUGGUGCGGCUUUUCCCCCCUGUGGUUCAAAAAAAAAAAAAAAAAAAUUGUGAGGGUUCAGCCAGACGACUCGUGAAAGUUUCGGUUUAGCGGCGGCGUCAGCAUCGCCGUUCCGCUGUUUUUAAUACAUCACCUCGUCGGCAGGGCAUUGUAUGCCCGUAUUGUGGGGCGUGGUUUGUUCCAUUGCUUGUCCCGUGUAACCGCUCUUGCUUUUUUGUUUUACUAGUUAGAAAACGCUCGUUUGCUGCAAGUUAAACGUAGUUGCGGUGUGUAAUCUGCUGUUUGCGUAACUUGCUGUUUGAUGUGGAUGUAGUUUGUUGAUGUCCACAUUAAAUGCUUGCAACGCAGCCAUUGUAGCCUGCCUUGACAAUGUUUCUUUUGUGUUAACAGAUGGGUAGUGGGACACACAAUAACCACACUUAGUUGCAGCCGCAAGAGUUUCGAGAGCACCAAGGAAUGAUAUCCAGUCAACAGCAGAGCUAGUUAAUUGGAAAUUGCUAGUUAAUGCGAGUCACCUUGGUGAUCUGCCUUGUGAUGGCGCUAAAAUAACGGUCAGUGCUUUGCCAUCCAACUCGCUGCACUUAACGUCUUGCCAACGUUGCGUCAUUCAUUAGCAGGGCCAGAGGAGGUUCCUUGUGGACACUCGGUUUCAUGUUUUCCUCUUUCACCGCCUUGUAAUAUUCCCAGCACAUAAUUUCUUGUCCACUGUUGGUGCCAUAGUCUGGCUUGUUGGUUUUUUAUUUAAGCGCCGUGUUGUGUCGCCAAGCUUCUUCUCAUGCCGCCUUCCCUAACACUGCAUAAUGCCAUAGCAUGUGACAUGUAUGUAGGAGGCUAUAGCAAUGCACUGUUAAAAUUACGCACCCCAGGCAGCUGGUGUAGUGCGAUACGAGACAUGUUAACACUAAACGGUUUCCUGUCACAUCUAUUGCCCGUCGCCUUGUCCAAAGAUCGACUCCCUGCUAAUUCAGCCUCGGUUAAUCGAACUUUUCGCUUAAUUCGAAAGCACUGGGAAGUGCCUGCAAGAAACGAUACAUUGCUAUGGAAGAAAAACCCGUUUAGUUUGAACGUGAAAGCAUGUUUCCUUUAAUUCGACCCCCACUGGGGCCUCCACAUGCAUGGAGCAGUUACUAAAAGGAUUGAAAACAAAAAUUCUGCAGGAGGCACUACUGCUUCCCUAGACAACAGUGACGGUAGCCACCUGUCCUGUAGUGAUGACGACUUGCACUGUGCCCUGGGCGGUUUCUUUUGAAUAUUUUGUCACCAAUGACAGUGUUGAGGUCUGUGGAUAAUUGACCGACGACGUGUACAGUUAUUGUAAUCUGUAUUGAAGUACUCUGUCAACGGCGACAGACAACUUCAAGGUCUAAAAAUGGCUUGAAAAUUGUUAGUUCAACGAAAACUUGUGGCGCCACUAGAGUCUAAUUAGCUGGAGUCAUUUGGACCAACUUCACUCCCGCACCCUGCGUAAUGUAUACCCUUUAAGGUGUAAAUCUUUCAGGCAACAAUAGUUGAGAAAUUUGGCCCUUGUGGUGUAUAUCUUAUCCCUAAACAAUAAUUUUCAUCUCUCUUGCAUGCCUUAAAUUUCCUUUCUUUAAUGCUGCACGCCUAAUACCACCUGGUCACGAAAAGAUUGUGCAUUAUCAGCGUAACAUAGCAUCCUUGAGGCAAAAGUUGCAAGCGCACAGUUUUCAAGAAGGGAAACGCAAGCCAGUCAGAUGACGAUUAUAGUUUCAGGGACAAGAUGGGGGUGCCCCGAAGGACACAAACUCAUUUUAAAGUGUAGCGUGGUCAAUCUUUUAUGCAUUUCUUUUGUCCACUGCUUUUCUGUCUGAAAUGGCAUAGGAAAUAUCCACAUGGUGUGCCUGGUAGGAAUUUGCUGGUCAUACAGUUUGAAACAAGGAAGUACACCCAAAAUCAUUGGUUGUCAUCUGACAAGAUUGCACCCUAAAGAGUGUUAUAUUUCUUAAGAAUACUCGUAAGUUCAACGAGUUUUCUUGCCCCCAGAUGUUGGGCAGCUGUACCGAAUGUGAUAACGGAAGUUGUAUACUACAUUUAUGAAAUUCUUUUAAGCCUAACGAAGGCAAGAAAACUGUAAUGUGCAUGUAGCCUGACCCUACGGUUAUACAGAUUAUUUUUGCACGCAUGUUUCUCGGGCUGACAUUUUCAGAAUGCACAGAUUGACCAGGAAUUUGGCAAAGGAACCACUAUGUACACCGACGCCUCUUUUAGAUCUGGAAGUGAUGAAUUGUGUUUGUAUCAAUACAUUGACGUUCUGUCAAAUGGUUGCUUUUCUCUUA